GGUCUUCUGCAAGUCGCGUACCCGACGACUGCGAACGCGCACGACGCUCAUGUGCUGUGUAUGCGGUUUAGUGCUGUCACGUACGCCGCCGUCCAUUGUCUUCCGUUCGUUACUCUGCUAGCUUCUCACUGCGGUCCACCGUGAAGUGAUAUCCCCCGCCAACCUGUUGGAGUUACACCUCCUUAUUUUUCUCUUUUUGUGUUUUACUCUGCAAACGAGUUACUGCGUCUUUCUCUUUCCCGUUUCUCUGUCUGACGAAGCGAGUCUGUCACUCGCGAGCGACACCAGAAGCACUCGCCCCCACAGCAGCCGGCAACGACACCAAUUCGAACUCCAAAAGAGAGCGAAAAGGAAAAAAAUCAUUUAUGGAAAUGUUUGCGAUAUCCUCUGGGCCGAUUACGCCCGCCUUCUUCUAUCCGCAGCGCUACCGCGGCGACUCGGACUUCCAUCCGCCCUCGCCGGUGCCGCGACGCCAACAUCUCCCUUCGCCGCGGCAGCGCCGACACAGCAAUGCGUCCUUCAGCACCAACGCCACUGCUGCGGAGCCAGCACUGUCUCAGCGAAGUGGGCCCUGCUGUCGGCCCGACACGCAUCACAGAACGCACCGCUGCACCGCCGCCGCCACUCCCUCCCGCCGCCACCGUCGUCCACGGGCAGACACGGCAGCGCGAGGCACAGUGUGA